GAGACAGUACAGCAGGACAAUUCACUUCAAAUAGAGAACAUGGUAAAAUUAAUUCAUACGCUAACUGAUCAUCGUGACGAUGUCAACUGCUGUGCUUUCUCUUCUUCCCUCUUGGCAACUUGCUCCUUGGACAAAACAGUUCGCCUGUACUCCCUAAGUGACUUCACUGAACUGCCGUACUCUCCAUUGACUUUUCACACCUAUACUGUCCACUGCUGCUGUUUCUCCCCUUCAGGACAUGUUUUGGCUUCAUGUUCCACGGAUGGUACAACUGUCCUGUGGAAUACUCAGAAUGGACAGAUGUUGACGGUGAUGGAACAGCCCAGUGGGAGCCCCGUGAGAGUUUGCUGCUUUUCCCCAGACUCCACUUGUUUGGUAUCAGGGGCAGCAGAUGGAACUGUUGUUUUGUGGAAUGCACAGACAUAUAAGUUACAUAGGUAUGGUAGUGUUAAGGAUGGCUCCUUAGUGGCCUGCACAUUUUCUCCUAAUGGAAGCUUCUUUGUCACUGGCUCCUCGUGUGGAGAUUUAACAGUGUGGGAUGACAAAAUGAGAUGUCUGCAUAGUGAAAAAGCCCAUGAUCUUGGAAUAACCUGCUGCGAUUUUUCCUCACAGCCUGUUUCUGAUGGAGAACAAGGUCUUCAGUUUUUUCGAUUGGCAUCGUGUGGUCAAGAUUGCCAGAUUAAAAUUUGGGUUGUUUCUUUUACCCAUGUUUUAGGUUUUGAAUUAAAAUAUAAAAGUACACUGAGUGGGCACUGUGCUCCUGUUCUGGCUUGUGUUUUUUCUCAUAAUGGACAGAUGCUGGUCUCGGGGUCAGUUGAUAAGUCUGUCAUUGUGUAUGAUAUUAAUACUGAGAAUAUACUUCACUUGUUGACUCAGCACACCAGGUAUGUCACAACUUGUGCCUUUGCACCGAAUAGCCUCUUACUUGCUACUGGUUCAAUGGACAAAACAGUGAACAUAUGGCAAUUUGACCUGGAAACACCUUCUCAAGCAACAAGCACAGAAGAUCAAUCUAAGCUCUUCACUGAAAAUUGGUCAGAAGAGGAUGUCUCAAUGUGGCUUUCUGCUCAAGGUUUAAAAGACCUUGUAGAUAUUUUUAAAAUAAAUAAUAUUGAUGGAAGAGAAUUGCUGAAUCUUACAAAAGAAAGCUUGGCUGAUGACUUCAAAAUUGAAUCUGUAGGGCUACGUAGUAAAGUUAUGAGGAAAAUUGAAGAACUACGAUCAAAGAUGAAAUCCCUUUCUUCUGGAAUUCCUGAUGAAUUUAUAUGUCCAAUAACGAGGGAGCUUAUGAAAGAUCCUGUCAUUGCAGCAGAUGGAUAUUCUUAUGAAAAGGAAGCAAUGGAAAAUUGGAUCAGCAAAAAGAAACGUACAAGUCCCAUGACAAAUCUUGUUCUUCCUUCACUAGUACUUACACCAAACAGGACUCUAAAAAUGGCCAUCAAUCGAUGGCUUGAAACACAUCAGAGAUAAAAUUAUCUAUAUUACAUUGUAUUAUUUAUAUUUUCCAGUGAUCUCAUUUUUUUAAAAAGGUAAAACAGGAGGAAUGUAAGCAUCCAAAAUUAGUUACCUAAGAAAUUACUA